AUGACCCUGUGAAAGAAAAAGAUGAUCCCGUGAAAGAAUUUUUAAACCAUACUUCAUGGAUUCCAUUUAAAGAUUUACGGGACAUUAAAAAAAUUGGAAAAGGCGGAUUUUCAACUGUGUACUCAGCUAAAUGGAUCGACAAAUAU